AUGCGGUGUUCACUAAUCACUCCUCAAGAGAUCAUCGACAACGGGGAGAACAUUCAGCCUGGAGUCCCAAUAGUUCUCCUCUUACGAGCAGGGGUCUUGGUACCAGAAGCGGCGGCGAAGUUCGGAAGCUACCACGAGGUCUUCGCAUCCUUCCUCCAGAACGGCCUGAACUACGAGAAACUGGUCAAGGAUGGCCAAGAUGGCCUCGUGCUCAAGCCCGACGAACAUCUCAUCCUCAACAAUCCUUCCAAUCCUGAGCCCAAAGUCAUGCCGCCUAGACUCCAACUCGUCAGCUUCAACGUCAUCCAGAAGGAUGACUUGGGACCCGUCGAAUACCCUUCUCAUCAACUCUUAAUCGACUCGUUGGGGCUCCUCAUUUCAGGAAGUGCAUCGAACGCCUACGAUGAUAUUAAAUGGAUCGACGACCUCGUCGAUUUCUCGAGACGAUUGAUCGACCGCUACGAGCAUCUGAAGCUCUUCGGGAUCUGCUUCGGCCACCAAAUCUUUGCCCGGGCUCUGGGCUCCCAAGUGAUCCGAAACGAGCUGGGUUGGGAGUUCGGGAUCUUCGAGGUCGAGCUCAGCUUGCUUGGGCAGGCCCUCUUCGACGGCCGCGAUCGGCAACCCAAUCUCACCCUUCCCUCCCCAUCACUUCUCAGGCUCCACCAGGUCCAUCGAGACAUCGUGGCCAGUCUCCCAGCCGACACUCACAACCUGGGCACGACGGCCAAGUGUGGGAUCCACGGCUUUGUGAAGAUGGAGCCCAGCUUUGAUCUCGACCGGUCACUCUCAUCGACCAGUGGCGAGUCAGAAGAUCGAUUGAACAGUCAUGUCAGACUCUUGUGUCUCCAAGGACAUCCCGAAUUCACCUACGACAUCCUCCGCGACUCGCUUAAUGCACGAACUAAGAACGGCACGGAUUGGUCGGUCGUCGAUCAGGAUUCUUAUCGCUUCGCUAUCGGCUCGCUCGCUAGAUUUCCUCACCCGUUGGAUCAUCAUGGCUUCUUUAUCUCUUCUAAAGUCCUCAAGAUCUUGCAUAUCCUUUGAUCUCUCUUCUUUUCUGUUCAUCAUCCUCCCCUUUUUUUGACUGCCUUUCGUUCUUUUUUUCAUUUUAUGUCUGAUUUCAUCGAUGACUUUCUUCACUCUCAACAACUCGUUCUUCCAAUAUUGCAGAUUACAUAUUUAUAUUGCAGCAAGGCACAGAUACAUCCAGCUCUCAUUUCACUUCUUUUUCUUACCUUUUCAAUUUUAUUUGGUUGUUUUGAAUGAUUGGUGUGUUCAAAUAUGACUUGGAAAUGCAUCUUACUGUUAGUUUGUGAUCGAAAUAUGCUCAUCAUUAAGCAUCCGAAUAUAUUCUUUCACUUUGCUCCCCUUGUAUGCAACUUUUUCUUCCUAGUCCUGCUUCAUUUUUUCAGUAUGGGUUCUUAAACCAAGCCAGAAGUUCUUGGGUAUCAAUCA